AGCGAGGAGCUGAAACUGGCAGCUUGCGACCGAGGCCGGGGCGAGUGAGGAGCUGAGCCUGGGAGCCGCUGUUCCCCAGGAAUGUCGAGCCAUAUGGAAUACAGUUCGUGCCCGAUGGACUAUCCCACCAUGGACAGCCUGGAGAGGCAGCUCAUCUGCCCCAUUUGCUUAGAGAUGUUCACCAAGCCCGUGGUCAUCCUGCCGUGCCAACAUAACCUGUGCAGGAAAUGCGCCAACGACAUCUUUCAGUCUCGGGGGACAACCUUGGGGUCUGCAGGGAGGUUUCGCUGCCCGUCCUGCCGCCACGAAGUGGUCCUGGACCGGCACGGCAUCUACGGGCUGCAACGGAAUCUCCUGGUUGAGAACAUCAUAGACAUCUACAAGCAGGCAUCCGCGAGGGGGCCCGACAGGCCUCUGUUAAAAACGGAGCAUCCGACCUGCGAAGAACACGAGGACGAGAAAAUCAACAUCUACUGCGUGACGUGCGGGGUGCCCACCUGUUCCCUCUGCAAGGUUUUUGGGGAGCACAAGGAAUGUGAGGUGGCCCCUCUCUCAGAUAUCUACAUGAAACAGAAGGCCGCGCUGACCGAUGGGAUCGGGGCUCUCGUGGCUGCCAAUGACAGGAUCCAAGCCUACGUCAACACUUUGCAAGGCACGUGCAAAAACAUUGAGGACAAUUGCAAAACUCAGAAGCAGGCCCUGUGCGAGAAGUUUGACCGGAUGUGCGUCAUUUUGGAAGAGAGGCGGAAGAUCAUGUUGCAGAGGAUCACGUACGAGCAGGAGGAGAAAACUCAGCAUCUGAAAUCCCGCUCCAAAGCCUGCAGCGACCACAUCGAAUCGUCCUCCAAGCUGGUGGACACGUCUCUGCAAUCGAUGGAGGAGCCCCAGAUGGCUGUUUUUGUGCAGAACGCCAAUGUCCUCAUCCGCAAGAUUUCAGAAAUGUCCCGGAGCUGCAAGCUCGACCCUUUGGAAUCAGGUUAUGACAACAUGGAGCACUACACGGUCGAUUUCAACGCAGAGGAACGCGUCCUGUACCAGCUGGAUUUCAUCAAAGAAGAGGAGCCUGAACCGACAAGCGAGGAAGACGGAGCCUGCGGGGAGACGGAAGACCCCCCAACAGACUCCGGGGCAGGGCCUGGCGAGAGAAGAGAAGACCUGGAAGACUUCUUGGCCUUUGGCAAGGAGGAGCAGCCCCCAGGAGUGAAUCUUAUGCCGAGCGAGGACCUGAGCAGUUCUGCUGGUGGAGCAGAAGAAAAGAUGGUGCCCCUGUCAGCUCCGUCCGGGGCCGAAGGCCAGGUGGACAGAGAAAGCACCUCAUGGAACUCUCAGCAGAAAGAGCUGGGCAGAGAGCUCCAUUUCUGUGAUCCCCCAACACCUUUGGCGGAGGGAGCCUUGAAGAGUAACGUUCUGGUGGACGUGGGGCAGCCCAAAGAGGAAGGUGUGGCCACAGAAGGGUUCAGCACCACGGACAGCUCAGCAGAGGCUAGUGGCGAUGGAGGCGUCUUGGAUUGCAGCGGAGACAGCGGAGCUGGAAAUGCUUUUCUUCUGAGCGGAGUGGCGGCUGCCGGUGGCCAGGGUCCAGCUCCCGAUCCCGUCGCUGAUGGAGGGACGACCGAAGAGAUCAUCGAGCCGCUUCUGAGCAGCUGGUUCAAUCCCACCCUUUGGCUGCGUGAUUGAGGCUGAGAGCGGCAAAAGGUCCAACUGCAUCCUACCCGCUGUCUGCCCCCAGAAAGGUAGUGAGCAUCAUCUGGGCCACCUUGUGCAAUAAGGAACAACGAGGCACGAGGAAGAAGAAGCAGCAUUACAGGGUCUGCUGAUUAGAGCGCCGGAUGACUCAAGCAAGUGAAAAAACGCUGCUAUCUCCAAAGGGCUUCUUCCUUGUCACCGUCCCAUUCGCUGCCAUCUGUCUCUUCCACUUUCUAAAGCUCCUAUUGUCAGAUGACACCUCUUAUAACUUGCAUAGUACACCAGUCAGAGGACAGCUGUUUUAGUCUACAAGUAGAAGAACGAGAUUUGUGUCCAGUAACCAGUGGUGGGAUUCAGCCAGUUUGCACCGCAGAACCGGUUGUUAAAAUGGUGCUUGUAAACAACCAGUUGUUAAAUUGUUUUAAUCCCGCCUCCGGAACCGGUUGUUAAAUUAUUUGAAUCCCACCACUGCCAGUAGCCCUUUCGAAACCAACAAGAUGGGGGGGGGGGGGUUAUGAGCUUUCGAGAGUCAAAGGUCUAUUUGUCAUUUAUUUGAUGUAGGGAGUUUCAACUCUCAAAAACUCACCCCCCCCGCCCGGCUGUUUCCGCAUGGCAGAAUCAUACCUGAUUACAACCGGUUCCUUACAAUCCGGGUCUGUUUUAUCCUGGUUUCUCCCUUUGCAUAGUGCCCGUUUUGUGAAGGAAUCCAGUGAAGAUUGGGAGGAAAUACUUCAAUUUUUUUCGCAUGAGCCUGGGACUUCUGUAUUUACAUUGCAAGCAUAUCUGAGCAUGCCCGGUGUCCUGUGUGCUGAUUGGUUGUUGUUUUUGAGUGGUAGCUUGAAUGAACGUCAGACAGGGAGACCGC